CUCCCGUUCCGCCGGGAGAAUUUUGUCCCCCGCCCUCCCGUUGACCGCUUUUGGUUCUUUUAUUCCCCUCACGAGUAUAGCUUGGUGUUGAGUGAGUGACAGACAGACAGACAGAGCCCCAAGACAGUUUUCCAGUCGAAUCUGAUCAGUUUCCAUUAAAAUAUUAUCCAGAUGAAGUUUACAAUUACAAAAACGUGGGAUAGUUCACCAGUGACCCACAGGGAGAUAUCGCUGUCACUUAAACCAGAUGAUGAAGGUUUGCUGAUGGAGGUAGAGGGGCCUUUCUUCAAUGAUCCUUCAGCUCCACCUGGUAAAAGAGGAAAACCUUACGACCAAUUGUGGGAUUUUGAAGUUGUAGAAGCAUUUUUCCUGAAUAGCAGCAAAGAACUGUACCUUGAAGUGGAACUUUGCCCACAUGGACAACACUUAGUACUAUUACUUGCUGGUAAAGGAAAAGCGUGGAAGAAAGAACUCGAUUUAAAAUAUGACUGUACAAUUCAUGAGCAAAACUGGGAAGGCAAAGCACUUCUCCCUUGGAGCUAUUUUCCCCCUGGUGUUAACAAAUUUAAUGCCUAUGCAAUUCAUGGCUCUGGUGAUAACAGAGUUUAUGAGGCCCUGUACCCCAUACCUAAAGAACAAUUAAAGAAGGGACAACAGCCUGACUUUCAUCGCUUGGAAUAUUUCAAGGAUUUCAGCUUGAAUUCAGUUAUGGGAAAGCAAUGGAAACAGCCCCAGUCUGAACUGUGGAAGUCUGCGCCAGGGACCAAGAAGUGAUGCUGCCUGAGCUGCUGAGUGUUCCCGCAUUUUCUGUUUAUAGUUCAGAUUCCAGCAUCCACAGUAUUUUGCCAUUGUUUUAAUGUAGUAUACCUGCCUAUAAUACAAUCUGUAAAUACAUUGUUCGCCAAAAUUUCUAUUCAGGACAAUGUCACUGGAAACAUUUCUAUACAGAAAAUGUUUGUUUCAGCUGGCCCAAGCCAACACAUUUACUUGAAUAUAUUAAUAAAAGCAAGACUUGCAGCAUUGAAGACUGCCAAGUAUGACGAAACAUUCCGGAAAUUGUAUAUGCUAUGACAAGGAGGGUGAACAGUAAACAUGUGAAAUGCUGAUCAAUGCUAAGCAAAGAAGUGAUUACAAAUAAGAUAGUUAAAUAACACAGUGUUGCACCUAUAUGUAACAGACUACCCUGUAGUGUAAAAUAUAUGCACAUUACUUUA